UUGGCUAGAGGGUGGGGCAUAGUCUAGCUAUGUGGAGCUAUAGAAUUUCUAGGGUAAUAUAUGGAGUCUAAAUAAUAGAACCAGAAUAGAAUAUGGGGAUUACUCAGCAGCAGCUAAAAUAAGAUUAAAUUGAUGCCAAUAUUGACAUCACAGUAUAUUUCAGUGGUACUUCAUGAUGCCAAAAGAGGUGUAUAGAAUGGGUUAAAGAUCUUGUGAUUAUUAUUUUUUUCUUUUUCUUAAUACAGAUACAUUGAUAUUAUAUGAUAAUACCAUACUAGAAUUCAAGAAAUUUAUUUUUUUCAGUGAUAUUAUUCCACACUAGACUUAAUUUUUUUUUUUUUUUCAGUGGUAUUAUUGUUCCCGGAGGCUUUAGUCACUGUGGAAUGGAAGGAAAGGUUUCUGUGUGCAAAUGGGCCAAGACAAAGGAGAAGCCACUGUUGGGCAUAUGCCUAGGCUUACAAGCUGCAGUAAUUGAGUACUCAAGAAAUGUACUGGGCUGGACAGAUGCCAACAGCCAGGAGAUGUUUCCUGAGGAAUGCGAUUGUGGAGAUGCCAGAGCACAACCCAGGCCAGCUUGGGGGCACCAUGAGACUGGGCUAAAGGCAGACUGUGUUCAAAUCACAUGACUCAAAGCUGUGUCAAUGGCAAUGUGGACUUUGUUGAGGAGAGGCACUGACACAGGUAUGCUGUACUGGAGGCUUGAUAGAUACUUUUGUAUGGAUGUUUUGUUUUUUUGUUGCUCUAUAUAUUGUUCUAUACUCUUUUGGGAACUCCUUACUCAGAAAACAAGUUCUUCAAUGCCUUGAUCACAGCCAUGCUUGUGACAUGCAUGGGCAUUUUCCUGAUAACUGGAAACUUUGAGUAGUAAUCAGCUAUAAUCAGAUAGUCAUUUUCUCCAUAAUGGAAAAGAUCUCUUCCAGCAUAUUGCCAUAGUUGUGUAGGAAGUUCA